AUGGACCAAGCGUCGCGCAAUGGCUACCGCCUGGUGCCGAACACCGAUGCGCCUGCGGAGCCCGCUGCGAUCAAUGGUCCAGGUGCCCGGGCAGCGCAAUCACAGCAUGCGGCAGGCCCCUGGUCGGACGUUGCUGCUGACAGCGACAAGCGCUGGGUCGCGGAGAAGGCUUUACGCGUGAUGAAGCACGACUCUGCGGGUUUUGCCAAAGUGGAUGCCAACUCUGUCUAUGGUGCGGCCUUGGCACUGCCGCAGCUGGCGAGAAGCGCGGGAUGGACCAUCUCGUACACGGGCCUGGCCUUGCGGGGUUUGCUCUUCAUGCUGAUGAACAACCUCCUGCAAGGUUUCCUGCUGUACAUGAUUAGCAAGGAGGAGAGAAUCAUCAACAAGUUUGGCAGUCAAAUGUUUCUAUGUGAUUUUGCAGCACAUCACCAAAGAUGUCCCGAUGAAUCAAAUUGCGUUGGUCCGGGCGGAACGAUUAUCACACCGUCGCGGCUCUACGACUUUGAUCUCUGGUCGACGAGGACCUUCGUCAGGGACUCCUUGACGUUGCUUUUUCCAGAGAAGGAGCAAGAAAUCCGGGACAAAGUUGAUCCAGGUGAAUAUGGGGUGGAGUCGUACUACCUGCGGACGGUGUGCUGUUUCCUUUUCGUGUUGGGUUUGUGGCACGACUUGGCUGGCUCCUGGGAGAUGUUGGACCUGCUCUGGUGUGUGCCCACCGACUCUGAGAGGUGGAUCGUGCCAACAUCAAUGCAGAAGGCCCAGGAAGAAGAGGCAGGCGCCCAAGCCUACUCCGACCACUCACUUCACGAGACGAUCGAGCUGGACUUUGUCCAGUUUCGCGUGGCUGGCAUGCCGCUGCACUGGAAGAUCGUGAACUUCUUCUUCCUCCUUUUCCCCAAGAUCUACCUCUGGCUGCUCACCGUCGACAUUGGCAUCGUGUUCCUGAUGGAGACGUCUGAGAUAGAGGACAUGAUCAUCAACUGUGUGGCCCUUGGGUUCAUCUUGACAAUUGAUGAGCUCAUGAUGGGCAUCAUGCCCCCGGAGUGCACCAAGAUGCUGGAAAAUCUGAAAGGCUAUGCCAAGGAGAACCGGCCGCAGACCCACCUUCCGGAGCAUGAGGAGGUUCGACAGCACCAGCUUGCCAGGAACUGGCACUGCUGGAGUUUCUCCCUCUGGGCUGCCCUGAUCCCCCGGCGCUUGCUUGGGAUGCUGGCAGUGACCUCCUUCUUCGUAGCCAAGUACUAUGUGGAGCAUUGUGUUCAUAUGGAUGACGGGAGCUGGGUGUCCAAGCCCCUCAGACUGCCGAAAGAAAGCAGUCUCUCCAUUCUUAGCUUUUUGUUCGGGCCUUUGCCCACCCUCUACCCGAUUGACGCAGAAGAGCAGCCGAUCUGGGAAAUGCCGGAAGUACCGCGGGAUGGGUGA